AUGGCCCGGAAAUACUGGGGAGGCUCCGGCGAUGCCCUCACCGUAUGGAUCUCCAUCGCCGCUUCGACGGUCAUCAUCUUCUACGGUUAUGACCAGGGCGUCUUCGGAAACGUCAUCAUAGGCGAAAACUUCCUCAAAACAAUGAACUACCCCUCCUCCAAUAUGCAAGCAACAAUGACCUCCGUGUACAAUCUCGGCUGUUUCGUAGGCGCCAUGUCGACCAUCUGGACUGGUGAUAUAUUCGGUCGACCGCGUCAGGUCAUUAUCGGAAGUACGGUGAUUGCCAUCGGUGCUGUGAUACAGACUGCUUCUUUUAGUGUCGCGCAGAUGAUGGUUGGAAGGGUUGUUGCUGGUUUGGGGACCGGAAUGAAUACAGCUACCGCCGGUGUAUGGCAGGCCGAAACUAGCAAGAUGCGCAGUAGAGGAAAGCUGAUUAUCAUCCAAAUGGCAAACUGUAUCUCCGGCUUCUCACUCUCCAACUGGCUCACACUGGGAUUCUCCUUCCUCUCCGGGAGUGUGGCAUGGCGAUUCCCACUCGCUUUCCAGAUCUUCUUCACGCUGGUCAUUUAUAUUCUCUGCCCAUUCCUACCUGAUUCCCCACGUCUUCUGAUCCGCAAGGGAAAAUACGACGAAGCGCGAGAAGUCAUUGCUGCUCUUCAAGGUGGAGGCGCAACACCUGAUUCUCCAUCGGUCAUGUCGCAGUUUAAUAUUAUCAAGGAUAUUCUUGAUCGUGAGCAUGUAGCGACUUAUACAUGGUUUCAACUACUUACGGGACGAGGCCCCUCCGGCGUCCUCCGUCGCAUGAUCCUCGGCGCCUGGAUGCAAGCCAUGAACCAAAUCUCCGGCAUAAACAUCACAAGCUACUACAUGUCCUACGUCUUCAUCAACGCCCUGGGCAUAAGCGAAUUACUUGCCCGCAUCCUCGCCGCAGCCGGCAGUGUCGAUUACCUCUUCUUUUCGUGUCUCGCAUAUUUCAUCAUUGAGCGAUACGGCCGUCGAAAAGUCAUGAUGUAUUCUGCUGCCGCGUGUUGUACGUGUUGGGUCGUGAUUGCCAUUGUACUCGCAAUCUCGGAUACGGGGAGAGGCGAUUCGUACAAAUUGGGUAUUGUGGCUGUUUCGUUUUUUUUUGUGUUUUUUGCUAGUUUCGGAUUGGGGGUUUUGGGUGUUCCCUGGCUCUAUCCAACCGAAAUCAACGCCCUCGAAAUGCGCACAAAGGGCUCGUCUUUAGCAAUGGCCACAAACUGGAUAAUGAACUAUAUGGUCGUCCAAGUGACACCACCGGGAAUCGCAAAUCUCGGCUGGAAAUUCUGGAUUAUUUGGGCUAUUAUCUGCUUCAGUUUUAUCCCUGUCACAUACUUGUUCUAUCCCGAAACGGCAAAUAGGACGUUGGAGGAUAUCGAUCGGUUCUUUGAGACGAAGCCGGGUAUUAUUGUUGCUUGGAAUAAGACGGCCACUCAACUCGAGAGACCAGAGGAAUAUAUCCGUAUGGAUGAGGAGAUUGAGCGAUUGGGAGCGGCGAAUAACGAGAAGUUAUCUGAUAAUGAUGAGAAGACGCCACAAGUAAUUGAUUCGGAGACUGAUCAUCGGGAGCAUGUCUAAUUCGAAUCUUAGGUGCUUUCCGUGAAGGUUAACUAGAUCUUGUGGUAUCGUCAUGGUUCGAAAUGUCUUGGGAACAAGCAUAUUUAUAGAUCUGGAUCGAUCAAUUGAUGAAUGAGCACCAUGUUCUAUCAUUAGAUAGACUGGCCGUAUACAAA